AUGACGGCGGGAAAUUCGGAAAACCACGACAGGACCGUGGUGGACGUGAAACUGUUCAAAGCGAUCGGGCUGUUCCAGACACUGAGCGGUGAUGACGGCAGGCGGUACCGGACGGCGAUGCGCGUCUUCUUCUGGACGAUGUUCGGGACGAUCGUCUUGAACGUCUGGGGCAUGUACCUGUCGUCCAACGAUUUUCAGCGGUUCACGUUCCUGUUCUUGUGUGUGACUAUUUCGCUAAUGUGCUCGCUCAAGGCGCACCUGCUGUCGCGGACGGUCGACGCGGAACGGCUGGGGGUCGUGCUGGACCUGGCCCGGUACGCGUUUACUUCGUGUGGCCGCAGAGACCCGUCCCGGUUGUCCAGAUGCAGGGCCAAGUUGUCCGCGCUGCUCCGCACGUCCGUCACGAUCCAACUCUGCGUGAUGCUCGUCUGGCUGCUGGCGCCGUUUUUCGUCCACACACGCCUGUCCGUCACCCACCUGGACGGCACCGUCAGCGAAUACCGAAUAGGCAUGGUAAACCUGUGGGUGCCGCUGCCCGACGUGGUGUACGACUCGGCGGCCGGCUGGUCCGUGGUCUACGCGUACGAGGCGUUCUUCUUUUUCUGCAACUUUAUUGCUUGGAUGCAGUUUGACUGUUACCUGGUGACCACGUGCUUCGCGCUGAACGCUCAAUUCUGUACCCUGGCCGCCGGGUACGAGGCGCUCGGGCGCCGAAAAGCGUCAAGUUCGUAUACUAUACAGGAUCCCCAUUCGGUGUGACACCUGGACACCCGGAUGGAUUGUACAAUGUAAACACGUGUACAAAUUCGUAAACGGACAAUUUUUGUUUACAGGGGACGGACAUUAUUGCGAUCUGAUCUGCCUGAUUAAGGACAAUCGAAAAAUCGUAAAGUUAGUAUAACGAAACAGGACGACGAGAAUAUUAUUGUUAUCGCGAUACGGGGCGAAUUGCUUGACUAUCGUUUUGACUUACUAUCAUGCAGUGAAAUGCGGGCGUUUCAAAACGGUACAAUAAUAACGCAUUUUUAUUUUAUUGUUUUUUUCUUUUCCUACGCUCACAUUUAGGAAGUACGGCGACUUUUACGACGUCAUUCGAACCGUCGUCCUGUUACAGAUAGCCUGUUGUACGGUUUCGGGAAUUAUAACGAUAUUUUUGGCCUUGUUGGUAAGCGGAUUCGAAUAACGUCUUCGGGUCAGGCCCUACUACAGUCUCUUAUGAAAAACUGAAAUCACACGUGUUUUUUUUUUUUUUUCCAUUUCCCAAGAUGUUCAUGUCCGGAUGUUCGCUCGUGUCCCCGCCGGUUUUGAAGUUUUCUUCCGCUUACGUGAUAAUAACGAUUCAGCUGGGUCUUUACUGUUACGCGUUCAGCUACGUAGAAACCGCGGUAAAAAAAAAAAAAAAAAAACCCGACCGUAACGAAAUGUGUAGUGUUUUAAACGCCGUCCGUGCAAACGAUAAUAUUCCGUUGGUUUUUUUCCCCCCCCAGAAAUCUGCGGUGAAUUUCGGACUGUACGGCAGCAACUGGACCGAAAUGGAUUUGAAAUUCAAAAAGACCGUGUUGUUGGCGAUGAACAUGAACUCUUGUUACAAGCGCGUCGCGAAGCUGACACCGACCUUCAUCGUAAAUUUGGAAAUGCUGACCAAAGUGAGUACCGACCGUCGCCACCGUACCGGCGACCAUACCGGCGCAACUAG